CACAAAAAAAGAAGAAACAGAAAAGUGAAAAGGGUCAGUUCAGAGUCGACACUGGUAGAGAGAAGAGAGCUGGACGACGAGACACAAAGAGGGCUGUGAUGUCAGCUGUGGACUUCCCGUUUGUUCCGUUCCUGCACGUUUACUGCGCCUUCACAGUGAAAUCUGUUCUGUAGAGGGAGUGACUGACAGUCCCAACAAUCAAAUCAGGAUGUUUGUUCUCAUGUGGUCGACUCUGCUUUUCUCUGUGUGGGGCAGCAAUGCAGACGUAGGUACAUCAUUGGAAAGAAGAGAGUUCUGUCAAGAUAACUUCUGUAUCACUCUGAUUGAUGGACAAAUAACAGCAGAGGCUGGACUCUGUGUCGUGAUCCCGUGUUCUUUUACUAUUAGUUAUUGGUUCAGUCCCAAAGGUCUCGUUUGGUUCAAAUGUGAAACUGUUCAAAGAUGUGGUGAUUCAGACGUGAUAUUGAGCAGGAACAACCAAAAGAUUCAGCCUGGGUUCAAAGGUCGAGUGUCACUGUUGGAGCCUAACCUUUCUCAGAGGAACUGCAGCAUCAUCAUCAACGACCUCACUGCAUCAGACUCUGGAUCGUAUCAGCUCAAAGUUAAUCUUUUCACGUCUAGUGGGAGACAAGAUAAAUUUCAAUAUCUACAAAGAGCAACUGUCUUAGUUAAAGAUCUGACCCAGAAGCCCACAUUGAUGAUUCCUCCUCUGACAGAGGGGCUGCAGAGCACACUGACCUGCACUGCUCCUGGUCUCUGCUCUGGAUCUGCUCCUGAGAUCACCUGGAUGUGGAGAGGAGGAGGAGGAGAGAAUGACUCCCACAUCACAGGAAACAUCACUGAUUUCAAGACUGAGACUCUGACUGAUGUGGAACAAAGACACAGCUCAACUUUGAGCUUUACACCCUCUGCUAAACACCAUGGCACCAGCAUCACCUGUAAGGUGGGCUUCACAGGUGGGACAACCGCAGAGGAGACGGUGACUCUCAAUGUGACCUAUGUGAAGGAAGUUGAAAUCACUGGAAACACGAGUGUGAGGGAGGGUGAGCUGCUUCAACUGACCUGCAGUGUUGAAAGUUUCCCUCCAUCUCUUGUCACAUGGACAAAAAUGUCGACCAAAGACAUUAAAAGUGGAUCAAAACCAGAUGUGCAAAAUGACACUUUAGCUAACCCAGAGAACACAACUGAAAUCUACCUACUGAGUGGAAAUGGACAGGUGACUUUUUCCAUCACUAAAGUGACCGCCAAAGAUUCUGGACAGUACAUCUGCACAGCAAAUCAUUCAAACAUCACCCAGGUGGAAAAAGUUGACAUUGAAGUGAUAUUGUAUCCAAAGAUCCUAAACAGCUCUAAAUGUGAGGUUCAGUCAGACGUACUGACCUGUGUGUGUGCCAGUGAGGGGUUACCUUUACCCACCAUCAAAUGGCUACUGUUGGAAAACCACACCCAGUACUCUGUCACUACCACUGUGACAAGCACCACAGUAACCAGCACCCUUAACCUAAUGUUAAAGGACCAAAGCAACACUGUGGUUGAGUGUGUCAGCAGCAGUGAGGUUGGAGACGUGAAAAAGAGCCUCACCAUGACAACGUCAGAAAGGCGAGAGGAUCAACACUGCCUGAUUCCCUGGGUUGUUGUCGCUGCUGUAUCUCUCAGUGUGAAUGUCGUCCUAAUAAUCAGCCUGAUGUUCCUUUGGUAUGUUGCUACACCAUCAUUUUAUGCUCUGAAAGCUUUAUUCAUGCACUGGAAACUUUUAGACAUUUCACCACAUGUCACGUUUUCUUCUUUCCAAAGGAACAAAAGAAAAGCAGUGAAACCAAACCAGGAGGACACAACGUACAUGUCACUGAAGAAAAGAGACCAAUCAGCAGAGUAUGACGUUAUCGGCCAGCCUCUGAACUAACAAGACUCAGCUCGUCAUUGGGAGAAAGUAUUUAUGAAGUCUUAAUGAUCUGUUACAUUAUACAUUCAACGAUGUAUUUUUUGGUGUUUUUAAAAAAGUAUUUUUUUUUCCUAUUUUCAUUUUUGUAGUUCAUUUUCUAAAACCUUAUUUAAACAGUUUAAGUUAACUGUGUCAGCUUUGUUGUUCAAUAACCUGUUCACGUUCACUCGCCAUACAACUGGCUUAUUCCCAGUGAACUCCAAGUCCACUAUUGAAGCUGUGAUUCUUUGUGCUUUGUAGUUUUUAUGUUUUUUUUAAUCACUACACAUCUGUAACUACAUUUUUCCAGUCAAAUGAAUGGUCUUUUACAAAAGGUUCAUGAGAUCUCAUUGUUGUUACCAGUUAAAUGUUUAAAACUGUUUUUGUUUGUAAUUAAUUGAAUAAAUAAUUUGAAUCUUU